CCAACCCUGACUCGGUAACUAACAUUCGAACUAGUGACUUGGGGAUAAUAUCAUGAGUCGAUUCUGUUCAUGACUGUAGAUCGAGAAGCACAUGUGCGGCUUGUUUGGCUGUCAUUGUAUUUUAAAUAGCAGAUAAUUCUUGUUUUCAUAGAAUAAUUAUGGAUAGUCAAAUUACUAAAUCUCAUUCAUUGGAAACUAUGAAAGAAAAUAAGGACAAUUUCAUUGACAAAGUAUCAGAUGAAUUGAAAAAAGCUGUUUUAUUAGAAAGUGAUCCACUUCCUUCCUCCACACCUGUUGUAAAAGGUUUUGAUUGGAACAGUGGUGUUAAUUACGAUGCACUAUUAAAAAGUUACACACAAACAGGAUUUCAAGCAACAAAUUUUGGCUUAGCUGUAGAAGAAAUCAAAAAAAUGUUAACAGCACGAAAUGUCAGUUUAGAUAAAGAACAAAUAGAUUCAUUUGAAGAAGAUGAAUUUAUUAAAAGAAAACAUUCUUGUACUAUUUUCUUGGGAUAUACAUCAAACAUGGCGUCAUGUGGAAUUCGUGACACAAUACGAUUUUUAGUUCAACAUAAACUAAUUGAUUGUAUUGUAACAACAGCCGGCGGUGUCGAGGAAGAUUUAAUUAAAUGUUUAGCACCAACAUACAUUGGAGAUUUUUCAUUAGAUGGAAAAUUCCUUAGAGAUAAAGGAAUUAAUCGUAUUGGAAAUUUAUUAGUUCCUAAUAAUAAUUAUUGUCUUUUUGAAGAUUGGGUUAUGCCUAAAUUUGACGAAAUGUUGAGGGAACAAAAAGAAAAGGGGAUGCUGUGGACUCCAUCUAAAAUCAUUGAAAAAUUAGGUAAUGACAUAAAUAAUACGGAAUCAAUUUGUUACUGGGCUGCUAAAAAUAAAAUUCCAAUAUUCAGCCCUGCUUUAACUGACGGUAGUCUUGGUGAUAUGAUGUAUUUUCAUUCGUUUCGAAAUCCAGGAUUAGUUGUCGAUAUUUUAUCAGAUUUAAGACGAUUGAAUACUAUGUCGGUAAAAGCCGUUAAUACUGGAAUUAUUAUCAUUGGAGGCGGUGUUGUGAAACAUCAUAUUUGUAAUGCAAAUCUAAUGAGGAAUGGUGCUGAUUAUUCUGUAUUUAUCAACACAUCUUCUGAAUUCGAUGGCAGUGAUAGUGGUGCUCGACCUGACGAAGCUGUUUCCUGGGGAAAAAUUCGCAAAGAAGCUACUCCAGUAAAGAUUUAUGCUGAAGCAACCUUAAUUUUUCCUCUUCUUGUGGGAGAAACAUUCGCUAAACAUUAUCAUUCCUCUAAAGUGAAAACUGUGUCAGAUGUUUAAAAUAAUUUAAAUUAUUUAAAAAAACACAUUCUUAAUUAUAAUAGACAUAAUUUUUUUUAUUUCAAAAUAUAAACUAAGCAAUCAGUUAUUGUUUUUAUAUUUCUAUAGUGUUUUUUAUUGCAAGUGAAUUUUAUAAUGAAAAUAAAAUAAGUGCUCCCUGUAUUUUAAAUAUCCCGAUAAGGAUUCAACGAAUAACGAGUUAUUGUCGUUUUUUUAAAAAAUUAAAUUAAAAAAUAAAUUUUUUAAAAAUUAAA